AUGUCUUGCGGUGUCCACUGCAGCAGCAGCAGCAGCAGCAACAGCAGUCACUGCACCAGCAGCAGCAACAACAGCAGCAGCAGCAACUGCAGCAGCAACAACUGCAGCAGCAGCAGCAGCAGAACCAACUGUAGCAGCUUUAAAUGGAAGCUGGGCAUUGAGCACGCUGCUGCUGCUGCUUCGCAGCUGCUGCACUUAGGAUAUCACGUCGGUAUGGUGCUGCCUCUACUCGCCAUAUACGGACGGUUAGCUGCUCUGGGUUUGUCUCUUUCUGUCGGCAUAGAGCAGCUGCUGCAGCAGCAUGCGGAGCUGCUGCAGCAGCCGUUGCUGCGGCAGCUAUUCCAGCCUCAGCUUCCUGCUGCAGCAGCAGAAGCAGCAGCAGCAACAAAAGCUGUUGCUGCUAUGGCGCUUGCUGUAUCACGUGGGGCCAACUCAAGUCGUUCUCCAGGUGUACGUACACCUGAAAGUGCUGCAGCAGCAGCAGCAGCAGCAGACGCAGGUGCUGCUGCUGUGCUGCUGCAGUGGUCAGAAUCCUGUAGGGCUGCAUGCGAAGGCGCAGCAGCAGCAGCAGCAGCAGCAAAGACGCCGAAAGGUGCUGCCGGUCCAGCAGCAGCAGCAGCAGCAGCAGCAGUCGCAGCAGCAGCAAGGCAGCAGAAGCACACGGAAGCAGCAGGAGGCUCACAGCGAGGAGUUCUCAGCAGCAGCAGCAGCAGCAGCAGGACGCUGCCGAAGCAAUUUGUUGAAUUUGCUGUCUCCUCUGGGCCUCGCGCCGUUACUCGCAGCAUAACAGAAGAAGCUGUAGCACGCGAAUGGGCAGCAGCAGCAGCAGCAGCAGCAGCAGCAGCAGCAAAAUCUGCUGGUUCUGCUGCAAGAGAUGAAGUACAUGAUGACCCCCUCAUCGAUCCUGUCUAUGCUUUUGAACCGGAGUCGGUUUGGAGCUCCCACAGCAGCAGCAGCAGCAGCAGCAGCGAGAGCAGCAGCAGCUCGCUGCACCAUCUCGCUGCAGCAGCAAAAACCGCUCUUGAGGAAGCAGAAGAAGCAGCAGCAGCAGCAGCAGCAGCAGCAGCAGAAGAUGAAUGCUUCGGAGCCCCCACCACUCUUUGCGAAGAUGACGAGGACCUCCAAACCGCCGACAGCGCAAUAUCGGAUGAGACCUGCAGCUAG